AUGGGGCCGGACUUCACCAAGCUGUGGUUUAUGAGACCUUACCUAUUCACUAUAAAUCUUGCGAAUGCUUGGGGCAUUUUACUUCGAGGUGUAAAAAACUACCCUCCGCUCUUACUUGGGAAUACCAAGGGGCCGGAUUCUACAAUGGUUGGUACAAAUCGGGUAAGGGCCGGUGUGUUCCAAAGGCUUAAUCCUGUUGUUGCUGCUUAUUACGCCCUUGCCCUAGCCGAGCGAGAUGAUCCUAUGAACUCUAAGAUUGCUCUUGCGUUCAACGGGGGUGAACCAACCAAUCGUAGUUCUUCGGGGCACACUAAGCGGCUCAUAGACCCUCCUUUCAAUCCUUAUCCAAUCGAGAGAAUCCUGUCGGGGCCUUAG